GAUUGUGGGAAGUGUGGCAGAGGCAGCAAUGGUCCCUCUGCAAAAGGGAAGCCCUACUUCCCAGGAACGUUUGGAGUUCCCUGGUUUCUGCUGAUUCUUGAGGCCAAGGAAGGCACCCUCCCCCAACAGAAUUCAGAGACCUGACAAUGUCCCUGUAUUGUGGAAUUGCUUGCAGAAGAAAAUCUUUUUGGUGCUUUAGGCUGCUGUCAACUUAUGUCACUAAGACCCGGUAUUUAUUUGAACUGAAGGAAGAUGAUGAUGCAUGUAAAAAAGCUCAGCAGACAGGAGCAUUUUAUCUCUUUCAUAGCCUGGCUCCUUUGCUUCAGAAAUCGGGACACCAAUACCAGGCCCCCCGGCAUAGCCUACUAGAGUUGGAAAGGCUCCUGGCAAAGUUUGGACAGGACACACAAAGAAUAGAAGACUCUGUGCUGAUUGGAUGCUCUGAACAGCAUGAAGCAUGGUUUGCUCUGGAUCUAGGUCUAAAUAGCUCCUCUUCCAUAAAUGCUUCCUUACAGAAAUCAGAAAUGGAGACAGAGCUCAAGGGCUCUUUCACUAAGCUGCGGAAGGCUCUCUUUCAGCUGAAUACAAAGGAUGCCUCCUUGCUGACCACGGCUCAGGCCCUUCUCCGUUGGCAUGAUGCUCAUCAGUUCUGUAGCAGAAGUGGGCAGCCCACCAAGAAGAAUAUGGCUGGCAGCAAGCGUGUGUGCCCUUCCAGUAAGAUCAUCUAUUAUCCACAGAUGGCUCCUGUGGUGAUCACUCUGGUGUCAGAUGGGACUCGAUGCCUGCUUGCCCGUCAGAGUUCCUUUCCCAAGGGAAUGUAUUCUGCCUUGGCGGGUUUUUGUGAUAUAGGUGAAAGUAUGGAAGAGGCUGUCCGGAGAGAAGUUGCAGAAGAGGUGGGCUUGGAGGUGGAAACACUGCGGUACUCUGCAUCCCAGCACUGGCCCUUUCCUAAUAGCUCACUCAUGAUUGGUUGUCAUGCAACUGUGAAACCAGGGCAGACAGAGAUCCAGGUGAACUUGAAAGAACUAGAGGCAGCUGGCUGGUUCAGUCAUGAUGAGGUGACCACAGCCCUGAGGAAAAACAAUCCAUAUACUCAGCAACAGAAUGGGACAUUCUGGUUGCCCCCCAAGUUAGCCAUUGCCCACCAACUGAUUAAGGAGUGGGUGGAAAAGCCGUCCUGCUCUCCCCUGCCCGCUUAGCUUAGCUUGAGCCACCUAGAUCCCCUCUCAGUAUCCUGGAAGGGCAUAAGAGUGAUCAGUUGAUAAAGGGGAGGUGACCAAAGGCAUCUCCAGGCCAAUUUCAUACUAAGGCAGAGUGGGAGGUGACUCUACAGCAGGAUGCCUCUAAUAGCAGUGUUAAGGAAGUUCCUAUUCAUAGGCAAUCGAAAUGCCAAACUGAUAAUGACCAUUGUCAAAAUCAGAGGGAAGUUUGAAGCAUUAGUUUGGACAUAGGCCCCCGUGCACCCAUUUUCACUGAGGUCUUGGAAGCAAACAUCUUUCGGCAUGUAUCUUGUUUUUUUUUUUUAAUUUUUUUUAUUAUGUUAGUCACCAUACAGUACAUCCCUGGUUUCCGAUGUAAAGUUCUAUGAUUCAUUAGUUGUGUAUAACACCCAGUGCACCAUGCAAUAUGUGCCCUCCUUACUACCCAUCACCAGUCUAUCCCAUUCCCCCACUCCCCUCCCCUCUGAAGCCCUCAGUUUAUUUCUCAGAGUCCAUAGUCUCUCAUGGCAUGUAUCUUGUUAAUGCAAGGUUUACACUAACUGCCAAAAUGUGCCUGGUAUAAUUUUAUCUUAGUAUUGAAGAUAUGUAGCAAAUCUCAACCCACUUCUGAGUUACUUUUCAUCCUCACGGAAUUAAGAAAAGUUGCACAGUAUAACAUUAAAAAAUUCGUGUACAGGUAGUUAUUUUGUACAUGGUAUUUAAAUAAAAGUCAUAUUUCUUUAAGUCAUCUGAAGGGAUGAAGAAAGUGGGAGCCAAGGUCUUCCUCAGGGUAUCUGUAAUCAAUCAGAGGCAGUGAUGUCCUGCUGAGGUAACUGCAUCCCAGCAGGGCUUAAGACAACUAAGUCCUUUGUCGUUACUUGCUCAGCUUGUGACCCAAGGAAAAGAUGAUGACUUUGCCAUCUCUGAUUUCCUUUUUUUUUUUUAAAGAUUUUAUUUAUUUAUUCGACAGAGAUAGAGACAGCCAGCGAGAGAGGGAACACAAGCAGGGGGAGUGGGAGAGGAAGAAGCAGGCUCAUAGCAGAGGAGCCUGAUGUGGGGCUCGAUCCCGGAACGCCGGGAUCACGCCCUGAGCCGAAGGCAGACGCUUAACCGCUGUGCCACCCAGGCGCCCCAACCAUCUCUGAUUUCCUAAAUAUAAAAUGGUCACUGCCAUUUGCAUACUGUUAAGUGUUGUAACUUCUGCUGAGGGAUUAGUGAGGGUGAACCAUUUCUUGUUUUAUGGGAUAAACUAAAUUUAGGAUUGCUCAUCAUUCAUAUGUCAUUCUAUACCUUCCUUGUCAUAGGGGAGAAUUUAUCUGGAGGAAAUAAACUAAAUUUCCAUACCUUUGUUCAGAUGUAUUUUUCUGUCUUAUGAAGUGAGGAAAUUGUAUAAAGUGAGAAUCUGAGGCAGGGGGUAGAGAGGAAGAAAAGGAAAUCUAUUUUUAUGAUAAACAUUUAAGUCCAGGUUCCAAGUAUGGAACAACUGAAGCGACGUGCAGAAGAAAUAUUGUUAGAAGUCUAUUUGAAAAGAGGAAUGGCUAGGAAAGAGUUGUAUCUUCGGAUGAUUUCAGGCACUAAUUUGUGAUAAAAGACACAAGUGCCAGAGUUCCUAAGAUUAUUCACACGUUAAAGUCUACAGGACUAAGCAAAAGAGAUUCUAGAACUAGGCAAGAUGAAGUGCUGAAUUUGCCUUUGAUCCCAAAAGGUCACUGCUUUUGCCAUUACCCGCAAAUCAUCAGUGCUUUGGGGAAAUCAAAGUGCCUUCAUCAGGAAAUGUUGAGGGAUAGUAUGUGAUGGGACUUGAUUGUCCUGUUAGGUUGGCAGCUUGCCCUGACCUGAACUGAACCCAGCACGUAGAAGUGAAAAGCACUCUCGAAAGAGAGGUCCUGAGAUUUCUUCAUAUCUUGCAGUUAGAAGAAAACAGUUCAGGGUCCAUGUGUUAUUACCAUCUCCCAAUCUUUUCUAUCUCUCUGUGGGUGUGUUUGUGAGCACAUGUGUACACAUCCCCAAUCUGAAAAUACUGAUAGAAAGGGGAGUGUGCAGAAUUCCUGGUUAUGAGUUUCUCAAACUUACCAUGGAGUAACUGUUUGCUUUUGGAUUAAUGUGUUGUUUUGGAAAAGAAAAGAUGAGAGAGGCUAAUAGAGGAGCUGUGACAUUGAACUUUGUUUCCUGGCAGUGAGUGGGAAGAGGGCUUUGCUUCUUAGAACUCCAAGGACAUCUGAAAGCUGAGGCAAAAGAGGGCAGGGUUGAGGUACUGAAAAUGACAGAUAAUAAAAGGAACUUUGGUACAGGGCCUACUUAGCUGGACAAUAUUCAUGUGGGAAUGAGUGAUGAAGGUGCUAAGGAUAAAAAGAGCCCCCUCGGUCCAUGAAGCAGAAGGGCAAAAACAGGUAAAACAUUAAAACAAAUGUAUUUGUCACCAGAGUGAGCCUGGCUCAAGGUCAAUUCUGGUAACUGGAAUAAAAAAAGCCACUCAUUCAUUUCUCAUUUUUGCCUAUCACCCUCCUUUUUCUUCCUUUAAUCUUAACUCAAUAAAGAUAAACUUUAUGUUCUAAA